AGUGACUUCAGUCGAUAAAAACAAUCGAAGAGCGAGCAGGAAACAAGGCCAGAAAAGUAUCAUCAAAUCCAUGGACUGAGAUCGUGCCUCCUUCAUCGCCUGGAUUACCGGAUCUAUCGCAAUCUGUCCAUCAUUACCCGCACGACGGAUUGACGACGGAUUGUCCGCCCCGGUCACCAGGAUGCCCGAACACCGCCGUCGCCAUCGGUCCCGUUCUCCCGGAUCCUCCGCGGCAUCGCGGCUUGAAUCCCGAGCCCGUCGCCCGCAUUCCCCGCCUCGUAUGCGCUCGGACGACGCCCCACGCCCCCAGACCGGUCCCGGUCAUCCGGUGCCUCGACCGGUCGCCGUCUGGCCCGCGGCCAUCCAUCGCCGGCCGGCCCUCCCGGCCAAUGUGAGCCCGCAGGUCCAGAUUCGCCGACACGUUUCACCUGGGUUGUUGAAGCGGCGCACCCAAUAUCAGACCAUGUUUCGCCGGGACUUGGAGAGUCUGGAGCGCGGGCAAUACCGCGCUUUGGGCUCGAAGACGCGGGCUGAGCACGGCUUGAUCUUUGGUAGUAGCGAAUUUGGACCCGUGGAGGCGAAGGAACAACGCAAGAUUCAGAUCGAUAUCCGACGGAAUAUUCCCAGUCAUCGAAUCAGUACAUCACCCGUGCGCCGGAAACUCACGCGACCCGAAUCAUUGCGCAUCCCGCGCCGCCCAGAUGAAGGAGGCAAGCCGAUUUUCGAUCGCCCCGAGUUCCUCGAAUGUCUGGAGAGCGGUGCCAUUCAAGAGGAACGAACGGUCAAUAUGGUGGCCCCCUCGGCCGCCACUCAAUGGCCGCGCGGUCGUGAUCUUGACGCUUCGGACACACGCCCCGGGCUCCGAAAUCGAUCCCGUAGCCCGUUGCGCCAGCCGGACCUCCGUCGUCGCCUGGGCGAUACCAAUCCCCGCGAGUCCAUCCGUGAUCGCUUGGGCAGUAGUAGCCAUCCUACUCACAUGGAUCAGACUCGCUCGGAGCGGUCUCGUGUCCGCGACCGAUUGGGCGGCUCGAGCUUCCGCCAUCGAUCCCGCGGACGAGGUCUGGAUGAGGACGACGACCCGGCCAUUCUAGACCGAGAGGAAUUGGAACGUCAAAGACCCAUGGUCAAACCGUGGGACGUGAAUCCCGAAUUCGUUCCACGUGGUCGAAACUAUUUCGAGCACGAUGAUCGUGAAGGAGGUGGUGGCCAUCAAAACGAGACCAGUCGUUUUGACUCUCGUGGAUUUGGUGAUGGAGACCGCCGACGAUCCUCUCGUGGCGGUUUUGGUGGUCGCGGUCGGCGAGGGGGAGGCGAAGGACGAGGUGAUUGGUCCCGAGGCGGAGGUGACCGCAAUUUUAGUCGCCGAAAGAAUCGAGGAGGAUCCCCUGAUUGGAAGCACGACAAAUUUGCCGAAAUCAACCAAGAUGAUGAUGAUUCCCAUUUGGGCAUGGAUGAGGGCUGAAACGGAUGUCUAGUUCCAACCAUUUGUUUUGUGUGAGCGUUCCAUCUAGCAUUUUGAUUUGAUUCUCAUGGAGUUUGAAUAAAAUGAAACGCAAAAGCUGA